AUGGCCGACGAACUCGACAUAGCUGAUUUACGCGUCUAUUUUAUGGCUGAUUAUCUUAUCAAAUCAUUACGUCUUCGAUCGGAUAAAUGGACAAAAAUGAUCCAAAUUGAAGAUCAAAAUCGAACAAUAAUCGAUUUUUGUGACAAAGCUCAACCAACUCUAAUCGUCUUUCAUGUUAAUCCUGCUGGAAAUCUUGUUGUGAGCACUUCAUUUCCAACAUCGCUCAAAAGUAAAGCAUGUUUUUUUGCUAAAAAACUACCUGAACCAUUACAACGUGAUUCAAAAGAAAAAGUUGCAUCAGCGUUAAAUUUCGGUGAUUUAUCAAAUGCAGCACUUGAACAAUUACAAAUUUAUGUUAAUGAUGUUAUUCGACCAUUAUUAACAACACCACAAAACCAUGAAGAAUGGCCUGAUGUUGUUUCAACUGAUUUACAAAAACAUGUUUCUGAUCUUCAAUCACAGCUUCAGGUAGUUACAAGUUUAGUGAAAGGAAAAAUUUUACUUCCUUAUCCAAAAUAUAAUCCUACAACAACAACAACAACUACAACUACAAAUGGUACAACAACAAACCCUACUGGAUAUAUACGAACAAAUGAUACAACACAAACAAAUACAAAAAAUGGUGAUGUAAUCGAUUUAAAAUUAGUUCAUGCAGUAGAAUCUGUUGUUAUUGAAUGGUCACAUCAAAUACGUCAAGUAUUAAAAAAAGAUUCAGCACAACCAUUAUUAGAUGGUCUUGAUCCGUUACCAUCAACUGAAAUUGAAUUUUGGAAAUCAAAACGUUCACAUCUUGAAUCAAUUUCUGAACAGCUUAAUGAUCCACGUGUAACAAAAAUGGGUGAAUUACUUAAUAAAAGUAAUAGUUCAUAUUAUCCAUCAUUUUUACAAAUACAAAAUGAUGUUCACCAUGCACUUGAAGAAGCACAAGAUAUUGAUACACAUUUACGACCAUUAUCAGGUCAUUUUGAAUCAUUAGAAACAACUGAUUUUUUAGAAGCUAAACAUUUAUUUAAACCAAUGUUUCAUGUUAUUGAAUUAGUUUAUAAUAAUUGUCAACAUUAUGCUACAGCAUCAAGAAUAGUUGUUUUAUUACAAGAAAUAUGUAAUCUUGUUAUGAAACAAGCAAGUGAAAAUUUAGAACCAAUGGAAUUAUUUAAAGGUGAAGUUGAUGAAGCAUUAAGAAAAAUUGAUGAAACAUUUGAAUCAUUAAAAAAAUUUCAUGAUGAAUAUGAAUUAACACGAAAUAAAAUGGAU